AUGGCCUGGGACUCCCUGUGCAGCGGGGACUUACUGCGCCCCAAGAUAAGAAGUGCCUCGAGCUGGACGCCUGGCAGCCAGAGCAGCCCCGAAACACCGUCCCUGGAGGAGCUGCGGCGCCUGCUCUGGACACGCGCACACCCCUCGGGGCACGUGGACGAAGUCUGGCCAAACCUUUACGUGGGAGACCUGUACGUCGCUCGUGACAAAGUGCAGCUGAGCCGAAUGGGCAUCUCCCAUGUUGUGAAUGCCGCUGCCGGGCGAUUUCACAUCAACACUGGACCCAAGUUCUACAAAGACCUGCCUGUGGAUUACUACGGAGUAGAAGCAGAGGACAGCCCAAACUUUGAUCUCAGUAUUUACUUCUACCCAGUUGCUGGAUACAUAAAAGCAGCACUGAAUUCCCCAAGAGGCAAAGUGCUAGUUCACUGUGCAAUGGGAAUCAGCCGAUCUGCAACUCUAGUCCUCGCUUUCUUAAUGAUCUGUGAAGAUAUGUCCCUCGCUGACGCAAUUCAGACUGUACGCUCACACAGAGGGAUCUGCCCCAACUCUGGCUUCCUCAAGCAACUUCGGGAGUUGGACCUCCAGUUAGGAAGAGGGAAAGGCAGAGGAGCAAAGGCCUGCUAG